UAUAAGCAACCAAUGGGAUCGCAGAGGAGGGGAAAGCAAUAGUAGCCCGCCUUCUUUUACAUGGAGGUAAACAGAACGCAGAGAGUUUGUAGGCGGGAAGUAAGGAAGCAAAACUUUAUUCUUCUGGGGAAUGUAAAUCUGCAAAAUGGAGACCACAUCCCCACAUCCAGGAUCUUCCUUAUGUUCUCCUGACUCUCUAAAGGAUACUGUUCCUAAACAGCCCAUGAGUGCAACACUAAGGGAACGGCUCAGAAAAACCAGAAGGUCAUUUAAUGGUGCAUUUUCAGUGGCAAAACGACUCAAAGUUGAUUGUGAAGAAAAUGAAAGUUCCUCAGACUGUCCCAAUAAUAAUUUGCCAUCACACAAAGACUCAGAAUUAAAUGCUACAAAAACAGACGUUAAUUUCGUAUCUGUGGAAGAUGUACACAGAUUAAGUAGCGGGACUUCAUCUGCAGCUUCCUCACCCAUCAAUUCCAAGGAUUCCUUCCAUCACCAGGAGAUGCUUCAAGAAAAAAAGUUACUGCUAAAGAAGGUGAAGGAGAAAGAAGAUACUUUGAGGAGAUUGAAAAUGGCGAAACUCUACAGAUCUAAGAACAAUCUGUCUGAAUUACAGUCUCUAAUAGAAAAAUGGCGGAAGGGCAGCCAGCUCUUACUGUAUGAACUGCAAGCAGCGUUAUCAGCCGAGAAUAACAAGGUUACACUCACACAGUUAAUAGAAAGCUGCGGGCUGGAUGAAAAAUUGCUGCACUAUAGCAGAACAGAAGAGGAUUUUACAGAUCAGUGACAUCUUUCUGCACUAUUAAUAAGAAAAGAACUACUGGAACACCUUCAAAGAACAGAAACUUGUUUGUCUUCGUUAAUAGUUGGUAUUUAUGUGAACAGAAUAUUUUUCAUAGUAAUAUAACUAAUAUUACAUAAUUGUAAACAUUACAUUUCAAGUUUUUACUUACAGGCUAAGUGCCAAAAAAGUUGUUAGAAAUAGAAGAGGAAAAAAAAAACCAUUUCUUUCAUGCUUCUAUUUAAAAACAAAAAAAAUAAAAUAAAAAAGAGCA